CACCGAGUUAACACAAGUGCCUGCUCAUAGUUAAUUGAGUGGUGCAAGAUAUAAUCGUAGCUACCUAACCGUGCCGUCCUUAUGAGGAUGACGACGAGCAGCAGCGUGGGCGCUGGCCUGGUGGUGCUCGUCGCCACCGUGUGCCUGCUGCUGCCGGCGGCGACCCGGGCGCAGCUUCAGGUGGGGUUCUACAACACCUCCUGCCCCAACGCUGAGGCGCUGGUGCGGCAGGCCGUCGCCGCCGCGUUCGCCAACAACUCCGGCAUCGCUGCCGGGCUCAUCCGCCUCCAUUUCCAUGACUGCUUUGUCAGGGGCUGCGACGCCUCCGUGCUACUGUCCGUGAACCCCGGCGGCGGCAAGACGGAGCGUGAAGCCCCGCCGAACAACCCGAGCCUGCGCGGCUUCGAGGUCGUUGAUGCGGCCAAGGCUGCCAUCGAGCGGAGCUGCCCGCGCACGGUGUCCUGCGCGGACAUCCUGGCCUUCGCCGCCCGCGAUAGCGUCAAUCUCACGGGCAACGUCUUCUACCAGGUCCCCGCCGGCCGCCGCGACGGCAACGUCUCCAAGGAGGGCGACGCGCUGAAAAACCUCCCCGGGCCGAACAACACGGCGACGGGCCUCAUCGACGGCUUCGCCGCCAAGAACCUCACCGCCGAAGAGAUGGUGGUCCUCUCCGGCUCCCACACCAUCGGCCGCUCCCACUGCGACUCCUUCCUGUUCAAGAACCGUGAGCGGCUGGCGAACGGCACGAUCAGCCCAGCGUACCAGGCCCUGCUGGAGGCGCUGUGCCCGCCGACCACGAACCAGUUCACGCCCAACACGACGGAGAUCGACCUGAGCACGCCCACAGUGCUGGACAACAACUACUACAAGCUGCUACCGCUCAACCUGGGCCUGCACUUCUCCGACGACCAGCUCAUCCGCAACGCCACCACCGCGCCCAACGUCGCCGCCUUCGCCGCCAACGAGACGCUCUGGAAGGAGAAGUUCAUCUCCGCGAUGAUCAAGAUGGGCCGCAUCGAGGUGAACACCGGCGCCCAGGGGGAGGUCCGGCUCAACUGCAGCAUCGUCAACGCGCCGUCGUCGUCCACGGGGAUCGAGAUGCUCCUCCCGGGCACCUCCGAUGAUCGUGCCGACGAGGUCGCCACGAGUUGAUCAGAUGUGUACGAGCUACCGCAUGAAACAUAUAUAUGUACACGUACAUGCGUGCGCGCAUGAGUGUGUUAUGUUUGCACGCACAGUUGUGUUGUUUUGUGCGUACGUGGACGCGAGCUUGUGUUUAGUGAGUGCGUACAUUAGUACGCAGCUAGACUUGCAUGCAUGGGUGUGGUAGAGAAUAAGAAGGACAUGUACGCUAGUAACCUUGCAAGAAAUAAAGUUGCAUGCAUGGGUGUGGUAGUACAA